AUGAAACUAUAAGAAGAUGGAUCGUCUGUUGAUAUCAUUUCAUCUUUAGUUGAUGAUAGUUCCCAAUAGGGUUCAGAGUAAUUCGAUAUUACUAUAAGUGAAUGUGCAGAUUCAACUGAUUAACAAUAUACAGAGUAUAAGACAUCAUCAUCACUUGGAGUUUAUACUAUUUAAUAGUGUCAUACAAAUAUUGAAAGAAUUCUUAAAUCAUUUUCUAAUCACAAUUUAGAUACCUUGCCUGGUAUACGUGAAUCUAUUGUAAAACUCAUAUUAACUGAUUGA